AUGCCAUCGCCACGGCAUCGCGUACCGCGCACCGGCAUCGCGUGUCGGCAUCGGGCUCGGGUGGCACAACAGAAAUAUCAAUUAUGGAAAACGUCUCCUCGGCCAGCCUGGACAUCGGCCCGGGCCCGGCUGCGGGGUGCGGGGCCGCGGCGGCGGCGGUGGCGGCGCUGCAGCCAGCGUGAGCGCGCGCCACAAGCAAGAUAGUGUAUUUCCAGGAAAGAGCGGUGUGUGAAGCAGUUGGACCCGCGAGGGAGAGGGGACGCCAGCUUUGGGCCAGACGUGCAGCGAGGGUGAGGUGACAAGUGCCUGAACCAGUACAAGAUGAACCUGUUUUGUCGCGAAACGGCGGCGCACCUCGAGCUGCACCCGCACCCCGCCGCCACGCCAGCGCCGGGCAAGCCGCUCAUCACGCCAGACCUCUGGAUGAAGGACUGCGCCGACCACGGCGCCGACGAGGAGGACGGCUCCGGCGCGGAUGAGACGCGGGACAGCAACGACGAGGACGAGGACUGUGAACUUGUGGAUGGCUCCGGCGGGUGCUCUCCGGCCCGGCCGACUGCUAGCCCGACCAGGGCGUCAUCCUGCACCUCCCCGUCGAGCAGCGGCCCAGGCGACGCACCACCCGCGCACUCCGCCAGUAGAACCAGCAGGGUGAGAAGCAACCGAAGCCGGCGGCUCUUGUCCUCUGCCUCGGGACCCAGCAGUUCCUGUGUGGCGACGGACCUCAGCGUGGCGGCCACCAACCUCAGCGUGGCGGCCACCAGACCGGCGGCCGCGUCGGUCGUGGGGAGCACCUCGCCGUCGAGCCGCCUCGCUGCGCACGACACCCCGGCGGGCUUGGGGGCCUCUUUUGGGGCCGCCGCCACAGCCACCCCCGCAGCGCUGGCACCCCCGCCCGGCCUGGUGCCCGGCCUGGUGCCCAACUGGAGGCCGCUCCGCCUCCCCUUCGUCAAGGGCAUGUUCCCGCCAGGCGCUGCCGCCCGCGGCCCGCCGGGCCCCGCCGCCAGCCCUCCCGGGCCGCCGCAUCCAGCGUUCAUGUCUGCCGCCCUCCUCGGCCCCGCCGCCGCCUCCGGCCUGUCCGGUCUCCGGUUAUCUCCUUCCAUGUUCAUGAGGCCGCCCAGGCCUCCCUUCCACGAGGGGCAGCACGCUCCCCUGGCUGCGCCGACCCUUGGCGCCGCCCUGCCGCCCUGCUCCGGACAGCUUCCCGGCGCACCCGCCCCCGGGCCGGCGCUGCCCCAGCAGCCACAGCCACCGCAGCCACAUCCUUGGGGACAGCCAGCCUCGCUCCUGCCUCCCGUCACUGUCAUGGUGCCGUACCCCAUAGCAAUCCCUAUCCCUAUACCGAUCCCCAUACCCAUCCCCAUUCCAAUCCCCAUCCCAGCCCGAAAGACUGCCGCCGCCGCCACCACCGCCACCCCAGCUAGCGUGGUGAAGAACGAGCCCGCUGAAGCCGAGCCGGAAGCGGUGGAACAGGAAGAGGAACUGGCGAGAGAGAAGGCCGAAGUCGCGGUGGUUGGGUCCUGCAACGGGAGCACCGAAAGUGUCGUGGAGGACGAUCACGACGAUGGCGAGGGCACUGUCGUCAACCCUCAAACGACUCUUGUGCAGAAGGGCAACAGCAGCAGCCCUGCCCGGAAACGGAAAAGGACAUCAGUCCCGGAUGUUGAUACGGAACCGGUCAAUAAGGCUGGCAAGUCUGUGCCGGUGUGAUGACCCUACUGCACUGAUAUGGGAUGCGUAAACGUGAUAGCACACUCUCAAGCUCCAGUCAGUCUCGAGGUGUGCCUUUUCAAAUGGUUACUAAUGUUGUUUCUUUUUUAUUAUUUUCACAUUACAAUGGUGCUCAUUUAAAUGUGUAAAUCAACAUAUAAUAAUAAAUGUUUCAUUUUUUCUA